GGGGCCCGCUGUCGCACUUACUGAGCGGGACAGCGAAGUUUCGGCACAAUAUUUUAUUUAUUCGUAAGUUAAAAAAAAUUUGGAAAAAAAUAAUAAAUGUUUAAACUGAGCCAAGAAUUUUUUUCUUUCGCUCCUAAGUUUUGGCAUGGAAACAUUUAUUUUGCUUCAAAAAUCAAAAUGUCUCGUUUUGAUAACUGUUGCUAUUUGCUCCAGCAAUGUCGUGGGACUUUUCGAUGAGUGUUCCCGAAUUUCGGACUUUCUCAUAACUUUUUCAGUUACUUAAAUAAUGAUUCCUUUAAACUGAACAUAACUGGAACAAGCAAAGGUGCAACAUGUAUCUUUUGUGUCUCAUUUCAAGAUUCAAGAUUCAAUAUCCAAAAUAUUUAUCAUCAUAUUUUUUGAAUAAAAUUGAGAUGUAUUUUACGAAAUUUCUUCAAGCCAUCAGAAAUUCUUCUCAUUUUCACUUGAAAAAUAAAGACAUGCUGCACAACAAAAUUUCCUAUGAAAAGGAAAUGACGAAGACACAAAUAAAUAGCUAACAGAUUGAAUUCAAAGAGUUCACCCGAAUUACGAUUCUUUUAUCAAAGUAACUAUCCAACCAACCACGACUAGUCAUAUAUAGAAAAAUACAAAUUUAUGUUUCUUAAUAAUGUUGGUGUUAUUUUCUCGCAUUUACGAUAAUCUUAAAAAUCUCCUACAUCCUUGCAUAUUGUAUAUUUAUUAUUCACUUUGCAUUUGGAACUAUCUGCUCUUCAACAAAAAAUACCGGUGUACUUUAAGUGCUAACACAAGAGCAUUUCCACAUUUCCUACCUGGGAUUUCUUAGAAAACAGAAUAUAAUGUGUCUGAACAAUAUUUUUUCAAAAUGAUCUCUAUAUAUUAUCCGUUAUAUGUUGUUUAAAUGUUGAUGUUGGCAGAAGUUUACGUACAAGAUGCUUCUUAUACACAUACGUUUUGCUAUAAACUCAAUCUCUUGCGAAAAACAUGGUUGAGUUAUUUACACAAAACUGAAAAUCUGCUGAAAUUUUAGAAAAAUGCUAUAGCUAUAUGUUUUGUAAAAAAAGAUAACGUUGAAAAAAUCAGUUAAAUAUUGCCUGAAAAGAGCUUCAAAUUAUGAUUACUCCAACCGAGAGCAUAACACUCAAGUAUACCAUGUCGACAACAGCAAGUUCUAUUUACGUUCAAGAUUUUGCUACAAUUGCUAUACAAACAUGUCCAUCUUGGUUCAAGCAAGAAACCUUCGAGAAUGUCAAAAAUAUCUCAAUUAUUGUAAUUUUAGGCUUGAUGAAUGCUAUAAUAAUUUUAGGAAAUCUGCUUGUUGUUAUGGCAGUGUUCGCUUCAGCUAAAUUGCGAACUGUAACUAAUUUUUUAAUUGUCUCUUUGGCUAUCUCCGAUCUGCUUGUAGGACUAGCUGUCCUUCCGUAUUCAAUAACCUUAGAAGUUCUCGAGUUAUGGAUUUUCGGCGAACUAUGGUGCCAAAUGUGGUUAGCAGUGGACGUAUGGCUUUGUACGGCGUCCAUACUAAAUUUAUGUGCUAUUAGCAUUGAUAGAUACUUAGCGAUCACUAGACCUGUUCAUUAUAGGACUAUAAUGUCAAAUCGUCGAGUAAAGCUACUCAUAGCAGUCGUAUGGGUUUUGUCUUUCAUCAUUUGCUUCCCGCCUUUAGUAGGCUGGAAUGACAGGGUUAAGGACGGUGAAGAACUGACGUCAUUCAACAAUGUUACUAUGUACACUGAUGUAAGUAGAAGUCACUUCUUAAAUGAAUAUACAGUAGAAAAUAAGAGCAGCGAGGAGUACUUGCUUGGAAAUAUAACGGUGUUUCACUAUCCUGAUGACAUGUUUAGUUUAAAUUCAAAUAAUUUUUCAGAUGAAAUCAAGUACGUAUUUCGAAAUGGUACAUCCAGAAGAUGUCCUAAACCACAGUGUGCUCUAAUUACUAAUCCAGGUUACGUUAUAUAUUCAGCCCUUGGAUCAUUUUACAUCCCAAUGCUAGUCAUGCUGUUCUUUUACUACCGAAUCUAUGUGGUCGCCCUUAAGACUAGCCGUGCCUUAGAUCGUGGUUUUCGAACAGCAAAAUCAGGCAAAGCUAAAUCCUCAUCAGGAACGAACGAUGGCAGUGGAAGUGCGGACGUUACCUUACGAAUUCAUAGAGGAAGACCUGCGAAUGAAUCCAUUUCAUCAACGCGCAGUUCCAGUGCAGGACCACCACCUAGGAGAUCAGGUGAUAUAUUAGUUCCUCGACGCAUUCCAACCGUUGUGUAUCAUCAUACUAAGGAAUAUUCCAGCCCGCGCUGUUUCCGGGAAGAAAACAGUAAACAUUUUUACACAACGCGUGCAGCUACUAAGAAUGACUCCUCCACACCAUUAAAUCGAGUCCGCCGAACCAAAUCGGCGAAUUCCGCAACUUCUAGUUUGAGCUUCGACAAUGGCGGAUCGCCUUCAACUUCCACAGACCAACACUCUAGCACCAUGGACAAUUUAGGUCCUAGUGGCAAUGGGCACAAAAAUGGUAAGGCUAAUCGCCAUCUUUUUACUAGAAUGAGUAAGCGUAAUGCUCGUUGGCAUGCGAAACGCUUUCGUACCGAAGCCAAGGCAACAAAAACUGUUGGGAUUAUUGUUGGUGGAUUUAUUAUGUGCUGGCUUCCUUUCUUUACUGUAUACCUCAUAAUGGGAUUUUGUGAGGACUGUAUUCCUGAGUUACUGUUCAAAGUGUUUUUCUAUCUUGGGUAUUGCAACUCCGCUCUAAAUCCAAUAAUAUAUGGUAUGGUUAGCAAAGAUUUCAGAUUUGCUUUCAAGAAAAUUCUUUGCCGAUGCAAGCUCAAAGACGACGGAGUAACAUCACUUAUUCGUCAAAUCCACAUGCCAACAUUUUUUGAAGAAGAAACACUUACGGGUGUUGAUUCUUUAAGCCAAAAUUAAUGUACACCUGAUCCAUGUUUCAUUCUUUUCUUUGGCAUUGCUUUUUGAGGAAGAGUUUAACACGAAGUAUCAUUAUUAGGUCAAAUAUUUUUAAUUUCCGUGACCAUUUUAUUUAAUAAAAUCAUUGCAUUUUUGUGUCAUUAUAUCCUUAUUAGUGAAAAUCAUAUGAUUUUUCAAUUAAUAGUUUGUUUUCUAACAUUCAAGAAUUACUCAAGUCCUAUCUUGGUCGUAUAAACAUAUUAGUAAAUUAGAGGCUCAUAGCAUAUAUUUCAUGCUAAUUAUACACAUUAUACAUAGAAUUUUAUGCCUAUAUUUUUUAUAAUAUAUACGCUCACAUGCAUAAGAAAUAUUAUUGCCGACAUUAAAAACCAUCAAUUUAAGGACAUUAAAAAAUUGGUAUGGCAGUACAAUGUGACUGUAUAAGUGUAUAAGAUAUUAAUUUUCUGCAAUGUUACUUUAUCAUCCAUUACACCAAGCGUAUAAUAGAAAUUUUAUUACAAUAUUUCCCUCGUUACUAACCAUUUACCGAGAUAAUAAGAUUUUUUGCCCAAAACUUUUAGUUACAGCUAGAUAUUGUUCUGCGCUCUUCAGCAAACUUCUCGUCAUACAACUACUUGCUCCAGAGCUCUGAAAAUUAUAGUAGCAUUUAUGUUCAGCUGGCAUGUUUGUAUAGCUACAACACGUCUCUCAGACGCAUAAUAUUAAAAUUAAAUUUUAAUCAUAAAUAUGAAUUUAAAAUGGCUUUCAUGGUGUUACAUUUACCGUGAAGAUAAAAAUGGAAAUUACUAUAUAUUUUUUUAAUUUUAAAAGGAAAAAAAAAAGAUAAACAACCUUUAAAUUUUACUUUGCCUAAAGAGUGCAACAAGACUAACGCUAAUAUUAAGCAGUUAACCGUUAGUUAAAACUCUUAAAGUUUAAGUCAUUGUGACGUCAUAUCAAGUGCUAUAGAUUUGUCGCCGAAUUACUUUGAACACAACUUUUCCUCUUAACUCCCAUUCAAACGGGUAAAUUGUAUUUCCUUUGCUAGGUUAAAGUUGUUUUACGUUCUUGGCCGACAUCGAUUUGUAUUUUUUUUCACACUAUUACCAUAUUAUCCAUUU